UUUCUUAUUGUAGCCAAUGGUUUUGUUGACUUUAACGAGUUCGUUUCGAUGAUGAUCAAGUUCCAGAAUAGUAGCACUGACCCUGAAGAGGAGAUGAGAGAGGCCUUCAAGGUGUUUGACAAAGACGGAAAUGGCUUCAUAAGUGCCCAGGAGCUGCAUACAGUGAUGUGUAAUCUAGGGGAGAAUCUAUCAGAGGAGGAUAUCAAAGAGAUGAUUAAAGAGGCGGAUCUCGAUAAAGACGGGCAGGUCAACUAUAACGAAUUCGUGAAAUUGAUGGUAAACAAAAUGUGAAUAACAGUGCAGCAGACAUUCUUUCCAAAGCAUUCCUCGAUGUAUUAGAUGUGAAAACCCUCAUUCCAAGUCCUAUAUUUAGCACACUUUGUUCAGGCAUGCCUUAUGGUGGGAUUAAUUUUUGUUUAUUUCUGUUUAUACGUGCGUAUGUCCGUGCCAUACAUACCAAACCUUGAUGACAGUUUUCUCAGUAACCACUCUUCGGAAGAUGCUCAAAAUUGAGCAAAAACUUUGCUUUUUUAUAUGGUGGGAUUUUUUACGAAUCUUUUCCUAUUUCCCUGUGACUCUAUGUAACUGAAUUUGUUUAUUUACAACAGAGUAAGGUAUAAUUCCUAAGUAAUAGAUCGCAGAGUUCUUG